UGGGAUCUGUCAGAGGGAGGCGAGCCGCGAAAAGAGCGCGCCGCGGAGGCAAAGUCGAGCCUGGCCGGCCGCAAAGGAAACGGGCGGAAAAGGUGAGCAGCGCCACUCAAAAAAAAAAAAAAAAAGGAGAGAGAGAGCGCGGGAAAAGCGACGAGCCAAGCCGGGAAAGGAAAACCGGGAUCUCCCCUCGACCAGCCGCAGAGGGAGCGCCCAGCCCUCCUGGCCUGCGUUUAGGAAGGGGGGGGGGGAAGAAGAAGGAAAAAAAGGCAGAAAUUCCUCUACAUGUCCGAAGAUCGGGAGGAUUUUCUCUGCAGGCAACCCACAAAGCCUGAGGCCGGGCUGAAGGAAGAGGCGGCGGUGGCGCUUUCUCCCUUGGGAUCAGGCGAUCGCCUCCGGAGGGAGCGCAGGAGGAUCUCCCAGCGCCCGACCAGGCUCUCUCCAGCCGCGGAGAAGGGAACCAGGGCCGAGCGGCGCCUCCUUCGUCCGGCCGCCGGCCGUGGCUCGGCGCCUUCGACGGGGCUGAUUUCCGCGCUACACCCGCCGGCGCGCCUCACUCUUCCCGCGCCCAGUGAAUGCCAUUUUCCUUCCCCGGGAGGCUGGCCCUGGUGUCCGUUUGCUCCCCUCACCGAGCGGCUGGCCAGGGAACAGCCGCCCUUCGGCCGGAAAGGAGCCAGAGACAAGCCGGAGAGAAGGAAGCCACAGGACGGACUUCGCUCUUCCCACCAUCGCUUAAUCCCGCCGGCAGCUCUUCGCUCUCCGCCCGUCGCCGCCGGCAGCUCCUCCCAGAGACGGCUGGAAGCUCCGAUCCCUCCACGAAAGUUUCCCGCUCCUCCGCUGCCCGCCUUCUAUGAGGGCUCUGGUUAAAGUUUGGAGUUUUUCCCCCCGAUUUAUUAUUUUUGGGGGGGGGGGAGAUUAUCCGGGAACGGUGCCUCUUCCCCGGGAUCACCAGAAGGGAUCCCCUUCUUCGAAGGGAGCCCCUGAGCUCGGCUGUCCGGACAGCUCCCCGUCCGAUCCAAGCCAGCCCCUCCCAGCCCCGAUCCUCGCUUCUUCCGAAUCAAGGGACGCUUUCAGGGCAUCCCUGAGCGGAGCCUUCCCGAAGUGCUCCCAGCGUCGCUCUUCCCACGUUCCUUGAACUCCUCGCUCCAGAAAGGCCUUUUAUCUUCCGACGACGCCUUUGCUUCAGUUCAGAAAGGGAGAAGCUGCUCUCUCUCUCUCUCUCUCUCUCUCUCUCCCCUCCCUCUCUCUCUUUCUUCCCCCCAAGUUUGGACAGAGAAUAUCACUUUCCCUUUCAAUGCUGGCCUCUUGACUCCAGUUAGUCGCCCUCUCUCUGCUCCAGCUGCUCAGCCUCUCCCCCCUCCCAAUAGCAGAACAGGAUCCCCUCAAUUGACUCCAACCCCACUUUCCUAUAUCUCUUUCCGCCCCCCCCCCCGUCCCCAGCCAUCUCUGCCCCUUGGGGGGCUCUUCCCUUCGCCCUUAGACACCGGGUCCGCAGGAGACACCGGGUCCGCUUCUCCUCCCCGUCCAAAGAAGGCUCCUCCGCGGCUUGAGAAGAGGAACAGCCCGUCGGCGUCAGCGCCCUGCCCGGCCGUCCGACCUGGGGAUGCUGGCGGUGGGGCCGAUGGAUGGCACCUCCCGGCCGAGCGCCUUCCUGCUCAGCAGCCCGCCGCUGGCCGCCCUGCACAGCAUGGCCGAGAUGAAGACGCCGCUCUACUCGGCCGCCGCCGCCGCCGCCGCCUACCAGCUGCCACCCGCCGCCGCCGCCUCAGCAGCCGCCGCCAGCGGACCUUCCUCCCUCUCCUCCUCCUCCUCCUCAGCUCCCUCGUCGUCGUCGUCGUCUUCCUCCUCCUCGGCGUCCGCCUCGCCUUCCCCUCCGCUGGGUUCGCCCACGCCCGCCGGCCUGAAGCUCCACGUCGCGGGGGCUCUGUCGGCGCUGGGCUCGCCCCCGCAGCACCACUCGGCCGCCACCCCGCACGGCAUCAACGACAUCUUGAGCCGGCCGUCCAUGCCGCUUCUCGCCGCCGCCUCCGCCUCCUCCUCUUCGUCCUCCGCCUCGCCGGCCGCCGGGCUCCUGGCGGGCCUGCCCCGCUUCAGCAGCCUCAGCCCGCCGCCGCCGCCGCCGCCGCCGCCACCCCCGGGCCUCUACUUCAGCCCCAGCGCCGCCGCCGCCGCCGUGGCCGCCGUGGGGAGGUACCCCAAGCCUUUGGCCGAGCUGCCCGGCAGGACGCCCAUCUUUUGGCCGGGGGUCAUGCAGAGCCCUCCGUGGAGGGACGCCCGCCUCGCCUGCUCGCCCCAUCAAGGCUCCAUUUUGCUGGAUAAAGACGGCAAACGGAAGCACACGAGGCCCACGUUCUCCGGCCAGCAGAUCUUUGCUUUGGAAAAGACUUUUGAGCAAACCAAGUACUUAGCUGGGCCGGAGAGAGCGAGGCUCGCCUAUUCGCUGGGAAUGACGGAGAGCCAAGUCAAGGUCUGGUUCCAGAACCGGCGGACCAAGUGGCGGAAGAAGCACGCGGCCGAGAUGGCGACCGCCAAGAAGAAGCAGGACUCGGAGACGGAACGGCUGAAAGGCGCCUCGGAGAACGAGGACGAGGACGACGACUACAACCGGCCGCUGGACCCUAACUCGGACGACGAGAAGAUCACGCAACUGCUCAAGAAGCACAAGACGGGCGGGCCCAGCGCCGGCCUGCUGCUCCACGCCUCAGAGAACGAGGCCUCCUCCUAGGCGGCGCGGGGAAAAAACGCCGCGCGGCCGCCAAAAGACGAGCUGAGAGCCCCGCCGAGGCCGCGCUCCACAGACCCAGCUGCUUUUUCCGACCAGGGAAAGAAGGAGGAGGGCGGCCGGGCGGCCCCUCAGAGCUGCUCCUGCCCGGGUGGGUUUCUUGGGGAAGGUUGCGGCGAGGAACCUCGACAGACAGGCCCGAGGCCCAACGUCGCCUGGCCUUUCCCGCCAAAGGGACCCGCUACAAGCCCAGCUGCGGCAGAGGCGUCUCUUUAUUGUAAAUAGCUUUAUUCACGGACUUUAUUCACACAGUGAAUAUUUAAACCUAAUAUCUUAACUCCCGGCUAGUUCGCAGCCGGAGCGUCGGCGGUCGGGAGAUUCGCGCCGUUGAGUCGGCUUGUUUAUCUCCGCCCGCCGCCUCCGCUCCUCAGGCUCUUCUCCUUCGGCUUUGAUUGCGUGGAGUUUUGUGACUUUAAAGGUGGCGGCUUCUUUCUCGUAGUAGCUCAUGAGUUUUCGUCGCUAGCUUAACUCCCAACUUUCAACGCGGACGCGAAUGGUCUGCACUGGAGGGUGCGGGGGGGGUUAAAUGUAAUUGGUUUCCUUCAGCAAAACCUCUUUUUUUUUUUUUUUUUUAAUUUUUCCCAGUGGGGAGAAUGGACAAGCUAGAGCAACGCAGAAAACUUUUCUGGGGCCGAAGAAGAAGAAGCGGUCUGUGUAACCUGGACAUUAAAGUUCUUGGUUGCCAUUUCAAAUUGGAAUAAAUGGGCCCCUGAUCUUUCGCCGAGUGAACCAGGGCAGUCAGCUUCUUCGAAACAGCUAUUUAAAGAUGAACGUGUAUAACCUAGAUAUUGUAGUUUAAAGCUCCUUUUAAUUUUCUCUCCUGCCAAAUGAUGCCCCCACCUACACACACACACACACGUUUGCGGGUGGUGGUGCGAAAUUCUAACUUUCUUGUAUUUUGCUUUGAAAAGCAGAAGUAAAGCGAGAAAAGAGGAAACCAAGCACUCGAGAAAAUCUCUUGCAAACAAUAAUAAAAUUGCUAGUAAACUUUAUGGUUGGUUUUGAAAUCCCGAAUUCGCGGCUGUUCAAUAGAAUUUAAAAUGUGGAAUGUCAACUUUUUUUAAAAAAUGAACAUGUACAUUGCUUUUGUUCUUUUUUUAAAGCUAAUGUAUUAGCGUUUUAACCUUUUAUUAAUUUAUACGAAGACAUUUCAGUUCGCAAAGUGAACAAAGACAGCCCUACCAAGACCAGAUUAACUCAAUGCACUUUGUUUUGUUUUAAAAGGAUAAAUCAAUUGAAGUCAGUUAUUUCACGUCUGUUGCCUGGAAGAAAACUAAGGGUGCAGAAAAUGUCUCAUCUGAGAUGAAAUAAAAUUGGUCAUAAAUAAAUCAAUAAAAAUCAUUACAAUUGA